UAUGAAAGAAUAAAAGAGAUUUGGCUUCAUAUUGAGGGAAAGAGAGAAGGGGAAAGACAGAGAGGAAGCAAUGAAUUUUGCAAAUUCCCAAUUGUUUCUUCCCAUCUUUUUCUUCUUUUUCUUCUUCUUCGUCAUUUCUCCCUUUCCCGCAUUAGCGCAACAAACGGAUUGGGACAGCGAAGAAACUCAACAUAGAAACGGAUUUGGGCGCAGAGUUCUUUUGAGUUUCAAAGAAAAACCCUCAGGAACUAACGUUACCUUUGAAUGUGCUCCUUCGGGCCCCUGUGUUCCCUGCCUCUACUCUGAGAAGGGUGACAGCAAAUAUCGGUGCAGUGAGACUGGGUACCGGAUCCCAUUCAAAUGUGUAGAAAUUAAAGAUUCAACAAAGGAUGCAAAGAAAACAAAGUCUCAAAAAGGUCGGUCUUCUUUAGAAAUUGGUGAUGGUACUGCAGAAUCUCAGAAAGUGUCAUAUGUUACUGGAGAGUAUACUCAUUCACAAUCAGAUAGAAGAUUAGCUGAGGACUCAUCGUCUUCAGAUAAUAGUUCCCAGGCUUACAUAACUUAUAGAAGCUGUAUAACCCCAGUUAAUGAAGAGAAGUUGUCAGUGCUUAAUUUUGAGGGGGUGGUAAUAUUUAUGUUAAUAAUGAGUGGCUCAAUGAUAUACCUAAGAAAAAGGAAGGCAGCAUCAUCUAUGUCUGGUUAUGUAGCUGGAAGGGGUCAAAACAACUCUCGAUUUUGAAAUACAAGAGUGAUUGUAAUUCUAAUUAUUUAAUGUAUAGUUAGUAUACUUUAACUUCUUUCAACUUAUCAACUCAUGGAUGGACCACGCUGUUAUUAUUCAUUGCAUUUUCAGCAUAAUUUAU